AUGGUCGUCUGCGAUGCCCCGGUCCAAGGCAUCGUCGGGGCAUACACGGGCAACAGCUUCGCCGUGCAAGCCUCGAUCGCCAGCCUACUAGGCUGCGCUCUAUACAGCGCCCUCGAAUUGAUCAUCCUGGUCUUCUCCACAUUCAAGAAAUACCACGGUCUAUAUUUCUGGAGUCUACUGGCAUCAGCCUCGCUAGGGGUGAUUCCCGACGCGCUCGGGCUGCUUUUGAAGUACUUUGAGCUCGCGCCCAUUUGGAUUCCCGUCACGCUGUCGACGGCAGGAUGGACCAUCAUGGUGACCGGGCAGUCGCUGGUGCUAUAUUCACGACUUCAUCUCGUCCUUUUCGACAGAAGGAUUCUCCGCUUUGUGUUGGGCAUGAUUAUUUUCGACGCGAUUGUUCUGCAAAUUCCCCAGAUUAUUGCCUCGUACGGCGCGGUCUACGUCUGCCACCUACAUUUUCAGAGCUUCUUCAACAAGUGGGAAAAAGUACAGCUUACGGUGUUUUUUGUGCAAGAGAUUAUCAUCUCAUCCUUUUUUAUUGUGCAAACUACCCGGUUGAUGCGUCUGUAUCCAGUACAGAGCACUCGGAGGGCGAACAUUUUGUACCAACUACUGGCGAUCAACCUGAUCAUUAUCAUGAUGGAUAUUUCAUUGUUGACCUUGGAGUUCUCGGAAUUUUUCAUUACGCAGACGGUGCUCAAAUGUUUUUUCUAUACGGUCAAGCUUAAGCUGGAGAUUGCGGUGUUGUCGCGCUUGGCAUCGUUUGUACAGUCUCAUUAUCAGCUGGAAUGUUCGGGGUUGAGCUAG